GGGCUCGGGCUGGGCCGCCGGGGUCUGCAGGGCCCCGGGCUCGUUACAGCGGUUCUACCCCUCACGACGCAGACAUGGCGGCCGAGAAGGACCAGCAGAAGGAUGCUGAGCCGGAAGGGCUGAGCGCCACGACCCUGCUGCCGAAACUGAUCCCAUCUGGCGCGGGCCGUGAGUGGCUGGAGCGGCGCCGCGCGACCAUCCGGCCCUGGAGCUCCUUCGUGGACCAGCGGCGCUUCUCGCGGCCCCGCAACCUGGGCGAGCUGUGCCAGCGCCUCGUACGCAACGUGGAGUACUACCAGAGCAACUAUGUGUUCGUGUUCCUGGGCCUCAUCCUGUACUGCGUGGUGACGUCCCCUAUGCUGCUGGUGGCUCUGGCUGUCUUCUUUGGCGCCUGUUACAUCCUCUAUCUCCGCACAUUGCAGUCCAAGUUUGUGCUGUUUGGCCGAGAGGUGAGCCCAGCCCAUCAGUAUGCUCUGGCCGGGGGCGUCUCCUUUCCCUUCUUCUGGCUGGCUGGUGCAGGGUCUGCUGUCUUCUGGGUUCUGGGAGCCACCCUCGUGGUCAUUGGCUCCCAUGCCGCCUUCCACCAGAUGGAAGCUGUGGAUGGGGAAGAGCUGCAGAUGGAGCCUGUGUGAGGACCUGCGGGCCUCUGGAAUCGGCUGCCUCAUCCCUGUUCCCCCCUGCCCCGCUUGGCCCCGAGGCCCUGGCCAAAGGCCUCCUUCCCAUCUCGAGCCCAGGGCGGGAUUC